AAGAGGAGGGCCCAUGAUUAUCUUCCUUAAAGAAAAACAAUCAAAAUUGAGGCGCUGGCGCUUCGUCCUUGUCAUGUAUAACAAACAACAAGUUGCAGUAGCACUAAACUCAACUGCCCGGAUUCGAUAACCGCCCCCGCAAAACACAAUUAACUAACAACACAUUCCGCGUUGCAUAUACUAGUGAAGCGACUAGUAAAGUAAACCCUAAUUAAUUCCCUCAUGGAUCUUUUCGACGAUCUUCUAUCUGAAACUUCUUCUGCACGUGUUCGUCCCGGUGCCAGGUUCGCGCCUAAGGCUAAAUCGAAACAUCAACCUCAAAAGAAUGUAUCUGCAUCACAAGAUGUGAACAAUGUGAAUGUUGCAUCAUCAUCACCCACUCACAAUAACGAUAAUGAAUUGAAUAAUGUGGAAGUUAUUCAUAAUUCACUCCAAGAUACCCUAAAUGCGGGCUUCAAGAAUGAUUCAGGCGAUAGUAACACUGCAGCAUUAUCCGAGAGCAACAUUCAUUCAAAUUUUGAUUCUGGAGAAGUGGGAAAGGGAUUAUUGUCUGAGGAAAUUGAGUUAGAUCCUUUCAGCAAUGUCCUCCCUGAUUCUGGCACUGGGAAUGCUCAUAAGUUUAAACCCAAGAUUAAGCCACGACCCAGAGUAGGCAAAACAUCAGCUAAUACGUCUGCAUCAUCUAGCGUUAUGAUGGAAAAAUCGGGUAUUACAUUAUCUGAAGACAGUAGAAGCUUGGAAGAAGUUAUUCCUUCACAACCAGAUUCCCUUAAUGUUAUGCCUUCAGAGGCUUUAGUUGAUAAUGGAACUAGAGAUUGGCCUUCUAACUUUGGUAAAUCAACUGCAGAGACUGCAGAAAUUUUUUCUGAACUGGAAGUACUUGAUGACUUUCUCAACGAAGCUGCAACUGGUACAGGAAAAACAGAUCUUAAUUCAUUCAACAUGAAGGGUGCAGAGGAAAAUUUUGUCCUUCCAGAAUAUGAUAACAAAAGUAGAUCGGAAACACAGGCAGGAGCAGACUUGAAUCCUGACUGUCCAAUUGACAAUGUCUAUGAUUAUCAGACCAUGAAAUCUGGCACUGAUCCAACAUUUGAAAUACCAAUGCAUGACGGGUUGGCAAAUUCUACAGAUAGUCCCACAUUGGCAGAUAGUUUGCAGCAAGAUGGUAUUGGAGAGAAAGAAGAUACUAGUGAGAGAAAAAAAUCUCCAAAGAAGCAUAAAAGAUCUUCAGUUGCUGCUGGUAUGGAGGAUAAAAGUGGAAAAACCUCAAGACAGCCAAGAAAACAAUCAGCUCGUAAGCCUGCCAAAAACUCACCAUUGAAUGAGGCUAUUGUGGAUGAUGAUGACCCCGAUCCUUCUUAUGAUGCUAAUAGAGAUGAACUUGAAGAAAAUGAUGAAGAAGAUGGAGUGGAUUAUUUAUCCAAGAAGAAAAAAGCAUCAACAAGGCCUAGAAAGAAAUCUGUGGCUAAAAAUGGAAAAACAUCUGAAAAACGCAAGAAAACUAAUGAUGAUUUAGAAAACAUUACUAAGGAACCUCCCAAAAAGUUCUCGCAUUCAUCUCGGCGGAAAAAAAGAUGUGUGGACAAGGCUCUGCUGGAUGAUGAAGAACUUGAUCAUCGAACAAUACCUAUUAGGGAUGUUAUUUUACUUGCAGAUUAUAGGGAACGAUUGGCGAAAAAGGAGGCAAUAACUUCUAAAACAUCAUCCACCAAUGAAAGCAUGAGGGGUUUUCUUAAUGAGGAUGAUGCUAAUAAUGAAGACGAGAAUUUUGGUUCAGAUGAUGGUAGCAGAGACCUAGAUGAUGAUCAAGCUAAUGAAAAGAUUACAUCAACUAACCCUUUAAUCAAUUACCAGUCUUUCAUGGACAAGGCACCUAGGGGAAAAUGGUCAAAACAAGAUACUGAAGUGUUUUAUGAGGCUGUUAGGCAGUUUGGCACAGAUUUUUCUAUGAUACAACAGCUUUUCCAUGAUAAAACACGGCAUCAAAUUAAGUUGAAGUACAAGAAGGAAGAGCGGCAACAUCCUUUACAGUUAUAUGAUGCUCUUAAUAAUCGUGCAACAGAUCUUUCUUUUUUUCAAAAGGUGAUCGAGAAACAGAAACAAACUUCUAACAAGGCAGAACAAGAUGUUAGAGAUGCCUCAGAUUUCAUGCCGGAGGACGAGGUUGAGGACCCGCCACCUGGAACCAAAGAAGAGGUCACAACAACUGAGCAGGACCUCAUCGAUGUUAAGGAUCAGGAUGGUUCUACGGCAUUUCAAAAUCCAGAGCAAUCUGACGAUAGUGAUGAUGAUGAUCUAGAAAAAUGGUCUCAUUAUCAAAGUGCUGUUUAAAGAAUGAUACUCAACAAUUUUGAUCUAAUUUUUUUUAAUUUAAAGCCAGUUAUCAAAGUGCUAUUUGCCAACUUCCAAUUUCGUAAUCCGUGAUAUUUAAUAGUCUUUUGUAAGAUGAUUUCAUAACAUUGAUUUAUGUAAGUUUGCUGAAUAUAUUAAUCCAUUAUGUUUAUAUGGAGGUAAGUGGGGUCAAGUAUCAAAUAUGCCAACUUCUUCCAGAUUGAUCA